AUGGAGCUCGCCAGGUCCACGGAGCAGUACACCCCAGCACAGCCAUGCUACAAGACUUCGGAGGAGGAGAGGGCGCGCGCGUGCGACCCGGAGCAAUGGAGGGAGCUCAUAGGGCUCAUCAUCACCGACGGCAUGGACGCACAGGAGCACACCGUUGACAAAGUGCCCAUCAUACUUGGAAAGUUGGGUAUUGGUCGAUACGUCCUGCAGUCCAGCUCCGCGCCGCAGCAGCCCCCUUCCACGGCAGCGGGUGGUCAACCUUCUACUUCGGCGACGAUAGCUCACCCUCAGAGUGAGUAUAAUGGUGCGAGAGAAGCGAUACAAACAGCUUUACAGCAGCUUUCCGGCUCAGGGCAGCAACACCCUUCGUCCACCGCGACCGAUAACGGCACACCCACUUCAACGCUGGUAGACUAUAUUCCCAAGUCACAAGGCAACAGAUGGACCAAAAAGCCGGCUGUGCCUAGCCCUGACAUGGACGUUGUCAAUAUCGCGGAAGCAAUGUUCAGACACCCCUUCAACAAAGAGUCGCCGGAACACGUUAUUCAAGAUUUGAUGGCCGGGGAUGCCACCGUGUUGGCAGACUACAAAGCCCGCCUGCAAAAGGUACUCGAUUACGUACCACAUCUCCAACGCCGCGCCACUUUCUGCCUCAUCUUCGUAUUCUUCACUCCAGACGAGAUACUCGCGAGCGUCACGCAAGCCGGGUUCCCCAUCUCUAUGGAUGGGAUCAAGGGCAGGAUCAAGACCUACCUUAACACCAUCACACCGCCCUCGGACUACCCGAUGUUGUGGAAAACUUUGUCAGAGCUUAACGAUAACAUUCGCAAGAGAAUAUCGAUCCCAAGCACACCGGCGCCUUUCAAUCUUGUUCCUAGGGGCACCGCCGAGGGUGGUCUGGCUGUGCCUGCUCUGGCUGCGCCUGCUUCGCCAAUUGCAGGUCCCUCUGCAGAAAUGGCCGGCGAUCAGGGACAUCAUCAAGAUCCCGAACCCUCAUUCUCCGCUACGCAUCCAAGGCGGCCAAGACUGGACGAGGCGAUCCUGGGAGCUGAAAUGCCACAUGCUUCAGGUUCCACCGCGCCGAUCGACCCGGUCACUGGUAUGCUCGACAGAGCGGUGUCUCCAGCUCCGCCGCAGCUAAAUAGCAUGGCUCGCAUGAUCCUCCAAAUCAUUGGCUACGGACUCUCCGUCGAGGAAAACAGGAUCAAGAACUUGCCAGAAGCGAGCUCAACGGGAGGGAUUGGUCACUACAAAGUUGCGAAUGGGGCGAAAUCACUACAAAAAGCUGUUGUGGACAUCAUGCUCAACUACUCACCCCCUGCCGGAGGGGAGGUUAUGCUUACCUUUGUUCCGUCCAGCUUUGCGCAAAACGGCUCGGAGACAGAGCCCGUUUACACACCUUUCUUAGCCUCGAACCUCGCACAAGCUCUGAAGAAUCACCUGUUUGAAAUUCCGAAGGAACAGUUGGCGGACAGUUUGGCCGCUAUACCUUUGGACAGACAACUUAUGAGCAAGUACAAGGGCCAGACUAUGCCGAUCCUUCGCUACGCGCCUCAUCUACAUACGAACGUGACUCUUCUUCUUCUCCUUCUAUUCCACACUGAAAAGGAGAUCGUGGACGCCAACCACCAUCUCGGAUGCAUGAUCACCAUUGAGGAUGUUGACGGUCGAGUUGAUCAGGCAUUCCGCAACGUCUUCGGAGCUGAUAUCUCGUCCAAGAAGGCGGUUUUCCUGAUGCAGGCAACGAAGGUGCGGUGGUUGGCAGGCCUGGCCGAUCAAGAGCGCCGCCGAACACUGCAAGUUUCUUCCAACCUCCUAGAGAAUCGAAAUACACGGGACGGAGAGAAUGGAGCGGAGGGUAGUGGACCUGUCCAGGAGUAG